AUGGCCUUGAUCAUCUUCCUAGCGUUCGCUCUUCUCCUUCAUGGAGCUCUCGGUGAGCUUAUAUGUGAGCAGUUGCCGGUGGAUCUUUGCGCAUACUCAAUUGCAACCUCUGGUCAGAGAUGCUUGUUAGAGAAUUAUGAAGAAAAUGAUGGAACUGUUAAGUACCAAUGCAAGACAACAGAGAUUUUUGUAGAUAUCUUGAAUGAAUGGAUUGAGAGCGAUGAAUGUGUCAGUUCAUGUGGCCUCCAUAGAGAAACUGUUGGUGUUUCAUCGGACACUCUCCUUCAGCCUCAGUUUUUGGCUAAGCUUUGCUCAGAUGAAUGCUAUCAAGCUUGCCCUAACAUUGUUGAUCUAUACUCCAAUAUGGCCUUGGGAGAAGGAACAUAUCUGCCAACAUUGUGCGCCAAUCCUUGCCUUGCCAAACACCAGGCUAGAAGUAAUGGUGACGCAGCCCCUGCCCCUGCCUCCAGUACUGUAGCCCAAGCACCUUAA